UGCAAUCAGCAGUCUUCUUAUCAUUAAUUAUCACACAGUUAAUUAUUAGUAGAGUAAAAUGACGUUGCUCGCAGCUAAACGUGUAUUUAUUUCACAGAAACCAGCACACAGUGUAACAAAGAAACGUGUUUUGACCCACUUUUUCUGCUCAAAGAGCACUAAAGCAGCCAACGAUAACUAUGAAUACAUACAGCAGAGUCGUGUGCCAACAAUGCACUUCCAGCCUUCCUUACCACGUUUGCCUAUUCCUAAGCUUGAUGAUACCUGCAGGCGUUACCUGAAUGCCUUAAAACCGUUAUUGAAGGACGACGAGAUGCAAAGGACGCAAGCUAUUGUCGAGAAGUUUCAAAAAACGGAUGGUGUAGCAUUGCAAACAGAACUGCAACACUUGGAUGAAGUUAAUAAGCACACCAGCUACAUAAGAAAACCUUGGUUUGAUAUGUAUUUGGAAGACAGAAGACCACUACCAAUUAAUUACAAUCCAUUUCUUGUCUUUAGUCCUGAAUCUAGUGAACAAUACAACAAACAAUUAGUUAAAGCGACUAAUCUUGUGGUAUCUUCAAUGAGAUUUUUAAAGUCAUUGAGAGCCAAUUUACUAGAACCAGAAGUAUUUCACUUGAAUCCCAAAAAAUCAGACACACAGUUUUUUAGAACUUUUACACGUUUAUUGCCGUCUUCCGUUUCAUGGUAUGGAGCAUAUUUAAUGAAUGCAUAUCCACUAGACAUGUCUCAGUAUGCCAAUUUGUUUAAUUCAACUAGAAUUCCAAUGAUUGGAAAAGAUGAAAUAGAAAUGGAUAAAUCGGCAAAACACAUAGUUGUCAUGCGAAACGGAUAUUUCUAUGCUUUUGAUGUUAUAAAGCCAGAUGGCAAUAUUGUACCUCCCAUAGAAAUAGCACAAAAUUUACAGCAUAUUUUGAAUGAUCAUAGACCCAAAACUGAUAUUCCAGUUGGUAUUUUGACCACAGCAGAAAGAAAUCAUUGGGCAACGACUAGAAGGCAUAUUUUGGGAAUAGGAAAUAAGAAAAUACUUCAUAAAAUAGAUUCUUCUGCUUUUGUAUUGAUAUUAGAUGAUGAACCUGUUGGAACUGACGAGUUGCAACUUUUAAGGAGGUACCUUCAUGGAGAAGCUGAUAACAGAUGGUUUGAUAAGUCAUUUUCCUUGAUUGUCACCAAAGAUGGUUUUGCUGGUUUGAAUUUCGAACAUGCCUGGGGUGAUGGUGUGGCCGUCUUGAGAUACUUUCAAGAUAUCAAGAAAGACAUAUCUGAAAAACCCCGUUUUCAUCCGGAGGAUGAAAAAAAACUGUCAGGUGGAUCAUCAUCUGUUGAAAGUUUAAAUUUUAAGGUAGAUGAUAUAACUUGCGGAAUUAUAGCUAAGGAAAAGAAAAAAUAUGAUCAGUGGACAAAAAAUCUGGACGUUGGCUUCUUAAUGUAUGAAGGUUUCGGAAAAAAAGAAUGCAAAGAUUUUGGUGUCAGUCCAGAUGCUGUGAUGCAGCUAGCCUUCCAAUUGGCAUUUUUCAAACAAGAGGCGAGGUCUGUUGCUGCCUACGAGUCUUGUAGCACAGCUGCUUUUAAACACGGUAGAACUGAAACUUUAAGACCUUGCACUGUGCAGACAAAUAAUUUAUGCUCAAUAAUGGCCAAAGGCACCUCUGAUGUAUCUUUACAAAAAAUAAAAAAGAUGAUCAUUGACUGCAGCAAUGCCCACACCACUUUGACCAAGGAAGCUGCUAUGGGUCAAGGUUUCGAUCGUCAUUUAUUUGUUCUAAGGAAAAUGGCUGAUGGUUCAGGAAAAAAAAUUGACCUUUUUGAAGAUCCCGCAUAUGGAAUUAUCAAUCAUAAUAUUUUGUCAACUUCAACCUUAUCCAGUCCCGUCGUUUUAGCCGGUGGCUUCGGUCCAGUCGUGAAUGACGGCUUUGGUAUUGGAUACAUGAUACAAGACAGAAGACUUGGCGCCGUCGUCACAAGUUAUCGCGACAAACGAAGUGCCAAAGAAUAUGUAGACAGCUUGGAAGAGUCAUUCAAGGAUAUACACAAAGUUUUGUUAAGUAGAUGAAUUGUCGUUAGAUAGAUUGGUUUUUAUAUAUUUUUUAAACGAAAUUUUAUAUUUAUUCCCAACUCAAGAAUUACAAUUGCACAUACUUACAAAGUUACAAUUGCUAUUAUAUAUACAUACAUGUAUAUAUAUGUAUAUAUAUAUGUAUAUAUAUAUAUAUAU